GAAAGGGAAAAAGCUGGAUGGUGUUCCGGCGCCACCCCUCUCUUCGAACGGGCGCGGCGAAUGGUGGGUUCCGAGGCCGCAGCUUCCGCCGGCGUCGGGGGCUGGGCUCGCAGCUGCCCUUGGUCUUCGGGUCGUGGUCGGUGCCGAAGCCGUAGCACUAAAGAUGAACUUAAUUCAGAUUGUGCGUGACCACUGGGUACAUAUACUUGUUCCUAUGGGAUUUGUUGUUGGAUGUUAUCUAGACAGAAAGAAUGAUGAAAAGCUAACUGCCUUCCGAAACAAGAGUGUAUUAUUUAAAAGGGAAUUGAGACCCAAUGAAGAAGUCACCUGGAAGUAAAGGCUGUGAUUAAAUUGCAGAAUGUUCACAUUUUUUAAAUUAUGAGAGAAAUAAAAACAUACUCAUUAA